UCGUUGCUUACAAUACCAGACCCGACCCGGUUUAUUAUAGAGACCCGAUUAGAAAAACAAGAUCAAACCUCCUCCUUCUUCUUCCUCGGAAGAAAAGGUCACCGGAAAUUAAAAAAAAUAUUCUUAAAAAGAAAAGGAGGGUUUUCACGAUAAAUAUUUGUUUUUUUAUUAUUAUUUUUCUUUUUUAUAUAUAAUUAUAUAUAGGAAAGCUAAUUUAAUUAAAUAAUUUUGGCUAUGGCGACGGAGGUGUUGAGGCCACAAGAUUGUUUGAUUGACCGGAUUAGAGUUCCUCCACCGGUGACGUUUUCUCGCCGGAGGAAUAACUAUGGAUAUCCUAACUCGACUUGUAACGGUAAUAAUAAUUAUUAUUAUUAUGGAAAUAGUAACGGUAGUAACAGUUACGUCAACGGUAGAUCUAGCCGGAACCGGUUGGAGAAGCCGGAGCAGAGGAGAUCGAUCUCGAAGAGGUCGAGCUCUGAUGAUCUUAAGACGGUGAAGCUGGAUAAGGUUACAAUUUUGAGGCGUGGUGAGUCGCUUGAUUCGAAGAUCAAGAGCGAGCCUUUGAUGAAGGAAGCUGGUGGUGGUUUGGCCGUGUGUGGUACUCAGAGGAUUGGUCCUGAGCCAAAAAUGGUGCCGAAGAGGGUAGGGAUUGUAGAUCUGAAGUUUCCUGUGGCCGGAAAGGUCGACGUGUACGCUGGAUCUGCUUUUGCGUUUUCACCGGCGCCGGGUUCGCUUCCUUUGCCGUCGUUCUCGAAGAUGAAGCAGGUUCCGACUAUCGUUGAUGAUUCUGCUACAAGAGAUCUGAGGCGUUUGCUUCGAAUCGAAUGAUAUGUCACGAAAUGAACUAUAAUAAUAAUAAAAAAAUCAACCAGGUGAAGAUCCAGAUCUGAAGAUCGGAAAAAAAGCUUUCUCACUUCUCCCUCUCUCUUUAUCUUUCUCUCUUUUACUCAGUUACGUAUCUCUCUCGGCUUCAAGGUCUGAUUCUUUCCGUUGUUUUUUGAAAACGGGGAAUAGAUCUGAAAUUUCGAGAAAAUACGGGACAAAUUAGAUUUCAGAAAAGGGGUUUUUCAUCGUGUUCAUGGGUGUUGAUUAUGGGUUAAUGGAGGAUAACUUAGUAAGAAACUUGUUAUGGGGGUGGGAUUAGUAUGUAAUAUUUGGGAAAUAGUCGAGUUCUAUUCUGGGUUUGAAAAUGGGUUUGGUUAUUUGGAGCUGUUAAUGUCUCUAUGCUCUGUAAAUGUGAAUUUGUAAGGGUAUUGACUCGUGUUGUUCCAUUGUAUGUCUUUGUAUUGUAAAGGAAGAAGAAGAAGAAGAAAUUAAGGAGUUAGGGUAUAAUUAUGGGCAGAUAUGAAAAUCAUAAUUUCUAAUAGGUAUCUUCCAUUUGCGUUUCUUUCUUUCAGUUUGUUUUUUUAUUAACUUUUCUGUAUCUCUAUCUAUGUGUUCUUCUGUAAAUAUAGCUUGCUAAAGAGGGUGAUGAGUCCUCUGUUGAUAAUAAAUAUUGGAGAUUUCAGAUUCAA